UGGAUUUGCGUCGUUGUCUAAGUUAGCAAAGUUAGCAACGUUUGAUAACUUAGAUAACGUCCACGAGCAUUUUGACAGAGCAGUCGUUUUUUAUGGACAUGGUGUGACUCAGUGGUUCUUGGCCCUAUUUCGUCAUGCCACGCGCGUUGUUGGUUCUGUCUCUUAUUCUUGCAGUGUCUUGCAUCGGGCGGUCAAAGAAAAGAAAUGUCUUCCUAAUAAUUGCCGACGAUGCGGGCUUUGAGACAGAUGUCUAUAACAACUCUGUGGUCCACACCCCACACCUCCGUUCUUUGGCCCAGCGCAGCUUGGUGUUUAAAAACGCCUUCACUUCUGUCAGUAGCUGCUCACCUAGCCGUUCAGCCAUCCUCACUGGCCUGCCACAGCAUCAGAAUGGCAUGUAUGGCCUCCACCAAGGAGUCCAUCACUUCAACUCUAUUGAUGGAGUGCAAAGCCUUCCAUUGCUCCUAAGACAGGCCGACAUACAUACAGGUAUAAUUGGUAAAAAGCAUGUUGGUCCAGGAUCAGUGUACCCUUUUGAUUUUGCCUACACUGAGGAGAACAACUCAGUCCUCCAGGUGGGCAGGAAUAUCACCAGGAUCAAACUACUGGUCAGAAAGUUCUUCCAGACCCAUAAAGAGGAAGCUGCUGGGCAAAGGGAGGAGGGGGGAAAAAGGACAAAGAGAACUAGAGAAAAUGCAGAGGAGGAAGAGAGACCAUUUUUUCUCUAUGUUGCGUUCCAUGACACCCACCGAUGCGGACAUUCCCAGCCUCAAUAUGGAGCCUUCUGUGAGAAAUUUGGGAAUGGUGAGAUGGGAAUGGGUAGAAUUCCAGACUGGACACCUGAAUACUAUACUCCUGAGCAGGUUAAGGUUCCCUAUUUUGUACCAGACACACCUGCAGCUCGAGCUGACCUAGCUGCCCAAUACACCACAGUUAGUAGACUGGACCAGGGCAUUGGUUUGGUACUUCAGGAGCUGAAGGAAGCAGGCUAUGAGAAUAACACCUUGGUUAUCUAUAGCUCAGAUAAUGGCAUUCCCUUCCCUAAUGGUAGAACCAACUUGUAUCACUCUGGCACAGCAGAGCCCAUGCUUGUUUCAUCUCCGGAGCACAAGGAACGCUGGGGAGACACCAGCCAGGCAUACGUUAGUCUGCUAGAUAUCACCCCCACUAUCCUGGACUGGUUCUCUAUUCCCUAUCCAUCAUACAAGCUCCCAAUCAGCUCUGUGGACCCAGUCCACCUAACUGGUCGCUCUUUGCUGCCUGCACUUGUCACAGAGCCCAGCAGCUGGCAUACUGUCUACGCCAGCCAGUCUCUCCAUGAGGUGACCAUGUACUACCCAAUCCGCUCCGUCUACCAGGGGGCGUACCACCUGCUUCACAACCUGCACUACCGCAUGUCUUUUCCCAUAGACCAGGACCUGUAUGUGUCCCCCACCUUCCAGGACCUGCUGAACCGCACUCAUUUGGGUCAGCCAACACACUGGUUCAAAAGCCUGGAGAAGUACUACUACAGGGACCGCUGGGAGCUCUAUGACAUCCGGGCAGACCCAAAAGAAACAAAGAACCUGGCGUUAGACCCAUCCUACAGUACCGUUUUAGAAGGCCUGAGACUGGGUCUGCAGAAAUGGCAAUGGGAAACUGGGGACCCUUGGGUCUGUGGACCGGAUUACGUCCUGGAGGACAAGCUAGAGCCACACUGCAGACCACUUUACAAUGGACUAUGACAAACGUCACAUGGCCGAGCCCCAUCAAACCUGUCUGUACUGGUCAUGCUUUGAUGCCAGUGUGGUCACUAUACACUGAACCUCAGUGUAAAACGAACAACUUUGGUAAGCGGCUCUGUGUGCAGUUUGCUGAUCCAGACAUCCUUGGUAAUUCUAGUAGCCAUUGACACAGAUUUCAUUAUUGCAUGAUACAGUCAUGCAUUGCUUGUAAAUAGAAAUUAACAGAUGCUGAAUUUAAGAUGUUUUGUAUGUAAGCCCUUAGAAUAAAUGAUUUACUA